UGGACAUCGCCGUGGGCCCGGCCACCGGGUCCGGCGUGCCGGCCGUCCCCCAGACAGAAGGGCUCGCCAUGGAGCUCGUCUACGGCGCCAAGACGGUGCGACCGUCGGAAAAGGUCGGGACGCUCCCUGCGCCCGCGCUGCAGUUCAACCACCAGCCCCUGAACGGCUGGGUGCACGAGCCGGAGAACUGGGGACCCAGUCAGCUCGUGGCUGCCGUGGCGGCACAGGUGGUGAGGAGGACCCGCGGGAGAGGGUCGGCGGAGCAGGUCGUGCUUAGCGAAGGGAGCGUGGUCGACAUUACCAAUCUGACGACUCCGAGCGGCGUGGUUAACUGGUCGCCUCCUGCUUCUCCCGCGGGCCAGCAGUGGGUGGUGCUGGCGUUUUACCAGCGGUUUUCCAACGAGAGGAGCUGCACAACGACUGCGGGCGCGUCGACGUGGAUUGGGAACGGGUCGUGGGUUGUCGACCACUUCAGCGCGGCCGGCGCCAAGAAGGCCACCGACUUUUGGGACCAACAUCUUCUCGACGACCCUGAGAUUGAUGGCCUGCUGGGCAACGUGGGCAUGUACUCUUGGGAAGACUCCAUGGAGAUGAUGGCGCCGCUGUGGUGGACCAGCGACUUUCUCGCCCGGUUCGAAAAGGGGCGAGGGUACAGCGCCGUCAAGUCUCUGCCAGUCUUCUUCCAGGCCAAAAACCUGUGGAACAGCUACGGCGAGCCGUACGACACGUCGUACUCGUUUGACGGCCAGCCAUCCGACGGCGGCAAGUACGCGGAAGACUAUCGCACGACUUUGAACGAAGGCUACCAGGACUUUCUAAGACAGUAUCAGAAGUGGGCAUCGGCUCGGGGGAUGGAACAUUCGGCCCAGCCCGCCUACAACAUGCCGCUGGACAUGUCGUCUACCGUCCCCCUCGUUGGUGCCCCUGAGCUCGAGUCGCUCGGCUUUGGCGAAUCCAUCGAGUCCUACCGCCAGUUCACGGGCCCUGCACACCUGUUCGGGAGGACACCGAUCUCGACCGAGAUUGGCGCAGAGCGGGGUGGUGCCUACGCGCAGACGGUGCCCGGGCUCCUCAACCUCUUCCGUGACUCUUUUGCGGCGGGGGUGAACACGCUUGUGGUUCACGGUUUUGCGUAUGGAGGUCCCUACCCGGGCACGACGUGGCCCGGCUACACGCCAUUCCAGUACGAGUUCUGCGAGAUGUGGGGGCCCCGCCAGCCAGCCUGGCGCCACCUCAAUGAUUCUUUGCUGUAUGCGGCAAGAAACAGCGAAGUCCUCAAGACGGGCGUCCCAAAGGUUGACCUGGUGUUUUACCAGUGGAAACACCCCUGGACGUCGAGGCCAAUAUACCCGAAGUCGGACUUGAACGAAGCUGGUUAUACGUACGAGUAUCUCGGCCCAGAAAAUCUCGCCUCCACCGACGCGCCAGUAAAGAAGGGGAUAUUCGCUCCUGACGGCCCUGGCUACAAGGCCAUCGUCUUGUACGGGCAAACCAAGAUCACCCCUUCAGCGUCAGCUGCACUGUUGAGGUUCGCUCAGGCAGGGCUGCCCAUCUUCGUCGUCGGCCCGGCGCCAAAUACAACAAUUGGGGUAAGCGGCCAAGAGAUGGUCACGCAGAACAUGGCCAAGCUUGUCGGCGGCAGCUUUCCUUCCGUCAAGGUUGUCUCGGUGCAGGCGUUUGGCUCGGGAGUUCUGCAGGACGCUGGGGUCCUGCCUCGGGUCACAGCCGAGGCGCUCGACGGCGCCAACAAUGCCACUCAGAUCUACACGCACUGGCGCUCCAGAACCGACGGCAAUGGCCGACUCGAGCUCGCAUACCUUCUCAACCGCGGUCCCGCCACCACGUUCAGUCUUGCCUUCGCCGUCUCAGAGAAAGCGGUACCCUUUGUUCUGGACGCGUGGACGGGAGAACAGACUCGACUGUUGACAUACCUACGGACGAGCGACAGCAUAACGGCGAGGCUCAGCUUGGCCCAGCAGCAGUCAGCCAUCCUGGCCUUUGUGACGCCCAGCGGUGGUGGAGUCGAUGGCGACGGCGUGCCGCUGUACGUCGUCUCUCGUUCGCCAAACGUAGAGCGUCUCUCGACGGACAAGGACGGCCACAUCGAAGGCCUGAUCAGCGACGGCGGCGAGGCGAGUGUGUUGCUUUCGGACAACAGGGAGAUCGACAUCCCUGCUCUCGCCGGGGCCGACUCGCCAUCCCUUCCCGCCACAACACUCGGCCCGUGGAACCUCACAGUCGAGUCAUUCGCGGCCACGGCGUCAUUGAGCACCAGCUCGGUGUCGGCCAACAAGACAGCGAUCAAAGUCGCCUCAGCGCUGGCAACGCUCGUCCCGUGGACGCGGAUCGCCGGGCUCGAGAGGGCAAGCGGAGUCGGACGAUACCGCACUACCUUCACCCUGCCACCACGACCAAGCAACGGCACCGAGCUGGCUUACACGCUCCAUUUCACAGGGCGGGUGCUCAACACGAUCCGCGUGCGCGUCAAUGGGGUCUUGGUGCCGGCCAUCGAUGUCGCUGCACCGGGCCAUGGCAGGGACAUUACGGGCUUGUUGCUGUUGGACGACGAUGGAGGGCAAGCGGCGAGGUCCAACGAAGCAAAAAUGGGGACGAGUUUGGACGAUGGGAUGCGGAGGAGGCCCAGCGAUGGGGCCGAAGUCGGGGCCGGAGGAAGAACCAACGAAGUGGAGGUCGAGGUGGCCAGCACCUUGUUCAACGCCGUCAAGGCGCGCAUGGGGGACCUGAGGAGCAUCGGCCUGCCCGUCCACGUGCCGCACGACUACGACCAGGUGCCGUAUAGCCAGUUCGGUCUGUUGGGCGAGGUUGUCAUCCGGACGUGGAGGAAGGUGGCACUUUCAUGAGGGGCGCGAUUGCGGCCUGGCCCCUGAACCCCUGAACCCCUUGUAUGCAUGCCCCCUUGUAUGCAUGCCUCCCUUGUAUGCUUGCCUCCCUUGUAUGCUUGCCUCCCUUGUAUGCUUGCCUCCCUUGUA